ACUCAUCAUCAACACUCAUCAGCCAGCCAGAGCUCACCGUCGCCGCCGGAAUUUGACUGACAGAGGGUGCCGUCUCCGAACGUCUCUGCCACUCACCCUCUUCUCCUCGCCGUGGAAUCUCUGCUCGGAGCUCUUCUCGUUGCCGUCGCGAACUGCUCCUGCUCGUCUGUCGUCUCCUCGCCGUAACGAGCUCUGUUCCCGGCGUCUCUCUCUUCAAGCUCUCUCUCUAUCUCUACGAGGUCACUGUCAGCGCCGUGUUCCUCCGAGCUCACUCUGUCACCGCCGUUCCUCCCUUGGCGUCUCACCGUGCCUCUUUCUUCUCUUCGGACGGAGCUCCCGCGCUCAACACAGUAUUCUCCAAAUUCCACCUCACUUCAAAACUCCUCUCUCUCCGACUCCGAUUCUGCGAAACCUUUUCCAUUCCUACAAAUGAGUGCAGGUGGCGCAUUUGGUGGCAAUAGAGGGCUCCGUCCAGUGCCUCCUGAAAAGGGUAUUUUCCCAUUAGACCACAUGCAUUUAUGUGACCUGGAGAAGAAAGAAUAUUUGGGUUGUCUGAAAACUGCGGGUCACCAGUCUGAAAAAUGCAGGGACUUCUCAAAAAAGUACUUGCAGUGCCGAAUGGAAAAGAACCUAAUGGCUAAGCAGGACUUGGCAGAACUUGGUUUUAAGGAAAGAAAUGGAGAAACUCCUGAAGGGAAACCCACUGAGAGGAUUGAUAAUUUGAAAGACCAAUGAACCCAAAGAUUUAACAAUGUAUAUUACUUUUGGGAUAAGUUUGGCAAUGCCAUUUCUUUAGUUUGUCAUUCGAUUCCUCUCGUGAAAAUUUUACAAAACCAUGUCAUGCUCCAAUUUUCACCUUUGAUAGAUGGAGUCAAGUAUGGGACCGAUAAAAGUAUCUAGUUCAGUGGUAAAAACUAACACAUGAUAGG